AUGGAUCAAAAUCAUCUAAAAUUAAAUUUUAGUCAAUUCAUCGUUGAGAAACAAAACUCAUAUACCGAUGACUAUAAACUAGGAGGAGUAUUGGGUGUUGGUGCAUUUUCCUAGGUACGAAAAGUCACACAUAGAAAAACAAGAGCCAUACGAGCAAUGAAAGUCAUUAGCAAAUCCAGACUGUCUACUGCUGAAUUGCAAUAAAAGUUUAUCAAUGAAAUUAACGUGUACAAAUAAUUGGAUCAUCCUCACAUACUUAAAUUGUAUGAGUUUUAUCAAGACGAAAAAAAUUACUACAUCAUUAUCGAAUUGUGCACAGGUGGAGAAUUGUUCGAUAAAAUUAUUGAAAAAGGCAGUUUUUCAGAAAAAGAAGCAUCCUAUGUAAUGAAGCAGAUCAUGUCUGCAGUCUUGUAUGCUCACAAUCAAAACAUUGUUCAUAGAGAUUUAAAACCAGAAAAUAUUCUACUAGAUAUAACCAGCCAAGGCAAUUAUAAUGUGAAGGUGGUGGAUUGGGGAACAGCAAAAAUAUUUUCACCUAAUCAAUAAAUAAAUGAAAAAUUUGGAACUUUGUAUUACAUGGCACCAGAAGUAUUGAAACGCAAUUACAAUGAAAAAUGCGAUAUUUGGUCUUGCGGUGUUAUUUUAUAUAUUUUAUUAUCUGGUAUGCCUCCCUUUGGUGGAAAAUCGGAUGCUGAUAUACAAAAGAAUAUUUUGUAUGGCAAAUAUUUAUUAGAAGGUGAUGUUUGGAAUUCUGCAAGUGCUCAUGCUAAGGAUCUAGUUACAAAAAUGCUUUAAUAUGAUGUAUAAAAGAGAUUAAGUGCUAAAUAAGUGUUGGAACACCCAUGGUUUUUGUAAUAACAUUAAGAAAAAGUCGAUAAAUAGGUAGUUUAAGGGAGACUCAAGAAUCUUAUGAACUUCAGAGCUGAAUAAAAACUAUAAUAAGCUACCUUGAUGUUCAUCGGAACCACCAUGAUUUCGAAAGAAGAGAAAAAUCAGUUAAUGUAAGCUUUUAAAGAGAUGGAUUAGAAUGGAGACGGGAUCCUUACAAAAGAAGAGAUCCUCGAAACCUAUAAAAAUUCAAAAGAUCAUGGAUUUAGUACUAUAGAUUAUACUGAAUUCAUUAUUGCUUCCAUGGAUCGAAAAAAAGCAGUGUAAAAGGAGAAAUUGAAAGAAGCAUUUCAAAUAUUUGACAAAGACGGCAAUGGAUAUAUCUCGGAAGCUGAAAUCAAAGAAGUCUUGGGACCAUCAUUAACAGGAAUUGACGAGAAGUAUUGGUUGGAUAUGAUCAGAGAAAUUGAUAAAAAUGGUGAUGGAUAAAUCAGUUAUGAUGAGUUCUGUGAGAUGAUGAUGAAAAUCAUUUAAUGA